AUGUCGCAACUGGGGACCUCCGUGCACGCCCCAGCAGGGGUCCCCACGGGUAGCACCAGCGCUCCCCGGGUCCAGAGCCUGGGACGCCCUGUCUCACAGCUCGGCCGCUACUCCGCCCUGGUCGUCGGCAUCGCCUAUGGAAGCAAGCGCUACAGUUACCUGAAACCUCGGGCGGAGGAGGAGAGGCGGAUAGCCGCGGAGGAGAAGAAGAGACAGGAUGAGCUGAAACGCAUCGAGAGGGAACUGGCGGAAGCCCGGGAUGACAGUAUACUGAAGUGAGAGGUGUUACCAGCCUGCAUUGCCCCAGAUGAAUAAAAGCUUCCCGAGUUGUGUGA